AUGGAAUUGAAGGUGAAAUUUCCGGCGGUGUUCCAGGAAGGACUCGGACGGUGCACGAAAACGAAGAUCCAGCUGUUCCUGAUCGACGGGGCGAAGCCGGUCUUCAAGCCUAAGCGGCCAGUGCCGUUCCACUCGCAGCGGCUGGUCGAGAAGGAGCUCAACCGAUUGCAGGACAUGGGAGUGCUGGAGCCGGUCGACUACUCGGACUGGGCGGCACCCAUCGUGGCAGUUCGGAAGGCGCAGCGCGACGCAGACGGAGAUCCGGUGGUCCGCAUUUGCGCGGAUUACUCGACCGGGUUGAACGCUGUGCUGGAGGCGAACAAGUACCCUCUCCCUACCCCCGACGACAUCUUCGCAAAGCUGGCUGGCAGCAAGUUCUUCAGCGUGAUUGACCUGUCGGACGCUUAUCUGCAGAUGGAGGUAGAGGAGGAGUCGCAGAAGCUGUUGACUAUGAACACACACAAGGGGCUGUUCAAGGUCAAGCGUCUGCCGCCGGGAGUGAAACCCGCUCCUGGAGCCUUCCAGAAGGUCGUUGACAACAUGCUCGCCGGCCAGGAAGGAGCGGCGUCGUUCCUCGACGACGUGCUGGUGUUUGGCCGAACGCGCGCGGAGCACGACCGGAACUUGGAGCAAACGCUGCAGCGGAUCCAAGAUUUCGGUUUCCGGCUCAAGAUCGAGAAGUGCAAGUUCUACAUGACGGAGAUGCCACCGCCGAAGAACCUCACCGAGCUGCGUUCGUUCUUGGGCGCGGUCAACUACUACGCGAAGUUCAUCAAGGAGAUGCACCAGCUGCGUAGGCCACUCGAUCUGCUGCUGAAGAAGGACGCAAAGUGGGCCUGGUCGGACGACUGCCAACGAUCGUUCGAGCGCUUCAAGGAGCUGCUCAAGUCUGACCUGAUGCUGACCCACUACAACCCGACGCUGGACAUUAUCGUGGCCGCUGACGCUUCGCAAACCGGAAUCGGCGCCACAAUCCGACAUCGUUUCCCUGACGGUUCGGAGAAGAUAAUCCAGCACGCCUCAAGAUCGUUGACACCGGCGGAGCAAGCGUACGGGCAGAUCGACAAGGAAGCUCUGGCGCUCGUCUACGCUGUCACGAAGUUUCACCGGAUGCUGCUGGGACGACGGGAAUCCCGACACACGUCCAACCGACUGCAACGACUGGGACUCGUUCUGCUGUGCUACAACUUUGGCAUCGACUACGUCUCCACGGCGAACUUCGGGUACGCGGAUGUACUCUCCAGACUCAUCGAUUCGGCGGCCAAGCCGGAGGAGGAGUACGUUAUCGCCGCUCUGUAUCUGGAGGACGACAUGUCGGCGGUCUUGGAAGACUCCGUUGGCAACACACCUGUCACUUCCAAGAUGAUCGCCGCUGCUACCGCCCGGGACAAGGUGCUCAAGAAAGUGGUCCAGUACUUGGAAGGUGAGUGGCCGGCCAGCGCAAGCGAAAUCGACAACCUGGACGUGAAGGCGUUCUACCACCGGAAGGAGAGCCUGGCGCUGACUCAGGGCUGCAUUCUUUUCGGCCAACGAGUGGUGGUGCCGGAGACCUACCGAAAGCGGAUCCUGCAACGCCUGCACCACGGUCACCCGGGCAUGGUCCGGAUGAAGAGUCUGGCUCGGAGUUUCGUCUACUGGCCGCACAUCGACAAGCAGGUGGAGGACACGGUGAAGCAGUGCGCGGACUGUGCUGCAGCUGCCAAAUCUCCCCCACACUCUCCACCAGAAGCCUGGCCAACACCAGCGGGACCAUGGCAACGCAUUCACAUUGAUUACGCGGGCCCGAUCGAUGGUCUCUACUUUCUCAUCAUCGUGGACGCUUUCUCGCGAUGGCCUGAGAUCUACCCGACAACGACCACGACCGCUAGGGCCACGAUCCAGUUUCUUCGAAGCACGUUCGCACGCCUUGGCCUGCCGAUGGUGCUCGUGUCGGACAACGCUGCUCAGUUCACUUGCGACGAGUUUGAGUCCUACUGCAAGGCGAACGGAAUCACCCACAUCCUCACCGCGCCCUACCAUCCGCAAUCGAACGGGCAAGCGGAACGCUUUGUGGACACCGUCAAGCGAGGAAUGAAGAAAAUCAACAAGGGAGAGCCACUGCAGGAGACACUCGACGUGUUUCUGGCAACGUACAGGUCGACGCCGAGCGGAACAACCGAGCAGAAGUCACCAAGUGAACUGCUGUUUGGACGUCAAAUGCGCACCACACUCGACCUACUGCGACCACCACCAACACCGGUUGCUGAGAUGAAGACGACUGCUGAGAACGACCAGAGACGAGAAUUUGCACCUGGCGACUUGGUGUAUGCGAAGGUGCACAAGCGGAACGACUGGUACUGGGAGGCAGGAAAGGUCAUCGAAAGGCUCGGCUCGGUGAACUACAACGUGGUUGGACGGCCAACGUUCGGGGCUGAUCCGGUCGCAUAUCAACCAGCUUCGUCCACGGCACGAUUUGGGUUCGCUCAACCAACAACUGAGGACGACACGCAAGCAGCUGUGGUGGAAGGCGCGAACCAACCAGGAAUCACCGAGCAACCUGGCAACAACGAUGGACCGGAACCAGCUGUGAUCCAACGGCCGAUCCGGCGGGCUUCGACGGGAAGUAUUCCGCCGAGUUGCGUUCCCGUGCCGACGACGACGAUCACCAGGAGUGGACGCGAGGUUCGGCUGCCGCCGAGGUUUGAUCACUACGUGAUGUCUUAA